AUGGCACCUCAACCUCGUGUGCAAGUCAAUCAUCGUGAAUGGGUUGUGCCCGCCUCUCCCACACCGUCUCAGAAAAAGACAACAGCGCUAUCAGAUUGGGAUACGGUCAUGUAUAAAUCAUACACACCUCUACUGCUAUUUUAUACAAACAACGAAAGAGAUCCUGAUUUCAUGAACACAAAGACACUCAAAUCCUCAUUAUCAGCUGUAUUGGAGGACUUUUAUCCACUGGCAGGCAGACUAGUCGACAUCGGAAAUGGCAGAGACGAAAUCGACAAUUGCGAUGCUGGUGUCCUGUUUCAAGAAGCAGAAUACCAAGGUGAAUUGGAACAGUUCAAGGAAAAUGGCUAUCUGCCCAACCAAAUGGACUACCAUCGCAUGUUUCCUAUCCACUUUUACUGCUCGCCAGAGGAUCCCUUGCUUGCUGUACAGGUCACUCGCUUCAUGGACGGUGGUGUUGCUCUGGGUAUCAUGAUCUUGCACAAAAUUGCAGACACUUACUCUGCCUGUUUAUUUCUGGACGCAUGGGCUAAAACGGCCAGAGGAUCCGAAUACGCGCGCGCCUUGUUUGAAAGGGAUCUGAUUGAGCCUCCCUAUGAUGCCAUGAUUACAGAUGAAGCCAUUGCCCACUACCGUGAAGAACAUCGGGUGGUUCAGCAAGACGAAUCACACUUAUUACGCAUGGAUCCCAAUCAACAGAAAUAUGCCCGCACGUCGCCCAAUGGCCCUAUGCCUCUCAAAAGCAUCAUACUCGAAUUUCACUCGGAUGGACUGUAUCAAUGCAAAAAAGACGCGCACACACCAGACAUGAUCGCCAACAAGAACUGGCUGUCUACCAAAGACGCUUUGUUUGCCAUGCUGAUGAGAGCCAUUGUGCGUUGUCGAGAUGUGCCAUCGGACGAUACUGAAAUUAAGAUGAUUAUGUCAGUCAAUGGUCGAUCCAAAAAGGGUAGCAAUAAGGAACUGGACUACUACUUUGGUAACUGGAUGAUAUCCAAAAGCAUCUCGAGCACAAAAGCAAAGGUUGCAAAGUCGGGUCUCGUGGAUGCAGCAGUUACAUUUCGUCAAGUCAUCGGGGGUGUCAAGCCAUCUCUAUUCCAUGGCGUCAGUAAGCUAUACACGCUCCAUGAAGACAUGUCCAUCAACUACCUGUCCUAUAAGCCCAACUCCAACGUCCAGUCCACCGCAAGUGAUGUAUCCAUGCUGCCUUUUUGGAGACUCGACUUUGGAUAUGGAUGUCCUGAUCGCACAAGAGGGUACAUUACUUUUGGAGGUAAUGGGUGCAUGGUUGUGUUUGGUCGCGGAGACGAUACAAAGGGGCCCAUGUAUGAUGUCCAGCUUCAAAUGGAUGCUGAUUCUAUGGGCAGGUUCAUUGAGGAUCCCGAUGUUCAGAAAUAUGCCAAAAAUAUACUCUUUUAG